CCCACCCCUCCCGCCGGCCCGCCAGCGCGCCUCACGGCUCCUGUCUCCCCUCCCUCCUUCUCUCUCACACGCCUAGCGCAAUGGCGGCGGCCGCGGCGGAGCAGCAACAGUUCUACCUGCUCCUGGGAAACCUGCUCAGCCCCGACAAUGUGGUCCGGAAACAGGCAGAGGAAACCUAUGAGAAUAUCCCAGGCCAGUCAAAGAUCACAUUCCUCUUACAAGCCAUCAGAAAUACAACAGCUGCUGAGGAGGCUAGACAAAUGGCUGCUGUUCUCCUAAGACGCCUUUUGUCCUCUGCAUUUGAUGAAGUCUAUCCAGCUCUUCCUUCUGAUGUUCAGACUGCCAUCAAGAGUGAACUGCUGAUGAUUAUUCAAAUGGAAACCCAGUCCAGCAUGAGGAAAAAAAUUUGUGAUAUUGCUGCAGAGCUGGCCAGGAAUUUAAUAGAUGAGGAUGGCAACAAUCAGUGGCCUGAAGGUUUGAAGUUCCUUUUUGAUUCAGUGAGCUCUCAAAAUAUGGGACUGCGGGAAGCUGCCCUUCACAUUUUCUGGAAUUUUCCUGGAAUUUUUGGGAACCAACAGCAACACUAUUUAGAUGUUAUCAAACGGAUGUUAGUUCAGUGUAUGCAAGAUCAGGAACAUCCAUCGAUCAGGACAUUAUCCGCGAGAGCGACAGCUGCGUUUAUCCUCGCAAAUGAGCAUAACGUUGCCCUGUUCAAACAUUUUGCUGACUUGUUACCUGGAUUCCUACAGGCGGUGAAUGACUCGUGCUACCAGAAUGACGAUUCAGUCCUCAAAUCUCUUGUUGAGAUUGCAGAUACCGUUCCAAAGUAUUUGCGUCCUCAUUUAGAAGCUACUUUACAGCUAAGUCUAAAGUUGUGUGGAGACACCAGCCUCAAUAAUAUGCAACGCCAGCUUGCCCUUGAGGUAAUCGUGACCCUAUCUGAGACUGCAGCUGCUAUGUUAAGAAAACAUACCAACAUUGUUGCACAGACCAUUCCUCAGAUGUUAGCGAUGAUGGUUGACCUCGAAGAGGAUGAGGAUUGGGCAAAUGCAGAUGAGCUGGAAGAUGAUGACUUUGACAGCAAUGCAGUUGCUGGGGAAAGCGCCCUGGACCGAAUGGCGUGCGGACUCGGUGGGAAGCUGGUGCUGCCGAUGAUCAAGGAACACAUCAUGCAGAUGCUCCAGAAUCCUGACUGGAAAUACCGGCAUGCAGGAUUAAUGGCCUUAUCUGCCAUUGGUGAAGGAUGCCACCAGCAAAUGGAAGGAAUUUUAAACGAGAUAGUAAAUUUUGUUUUGCUUUUUCUCCAGGAUCCUCAUCCAAGAGUAAGGUACGCAGCCUGUAAUGCUGUGGGACAGAUGGCUACAGAUUUUGCACCUGGUUUCCAGAAGAAGUUUCAUGAGAAGGUGAUCGCAGCUCUGCUGCAGACCAUGGAAGACCAAGGCAACCAGCGAGUACAGGCCCACGCCGCUGCUGCGCUUAUUAACUUCACUGAGGACUGUCCCAAGUCACUACUUAUCCCAUAUUUAGACAACCUAGUGAAACAUCUGCAUUCCAUCAUGGUACUUAAACUUCAAGAGUUGAUUCAGAAAGGCACCAAGUUAGUGUUGGAACAAGUUGUGACAUCUAUCGCGUCAGUUGCAGAUACCGCAGAGGAAAAAUUUGUCCCCUACUAUGAUUUAUUUAUGCCAUCACUAAAGCAUAUUGUCGAGAACGCAGUUCAGAAGGAACUCAGACUUCUCAGAGGAAAAACUAUUGAGUGCAUCAGCCUCAUUGGUCUGGCUGUCGGGAAGGAAAAAUUCAUGCAGGAUGCAUCAGAUGUGAUGCAGCUCUUACUGAAGACCCAGACAGACUUCAGUGACAUGGAAGAUGAUGACCCUCAGAUCUCUUACAUGAUCUCAGCAUGGGCCAGAAUGUGCAAAAUUCUUGGAAAAGAAUUUCAGCAGUACCUUCCAGUGGUUAUGGGGCCUUUAAUGAAGACCGCUUCAAUUAAGCCUGAAGUAGCCCUCUUAGACACACAAGACAUGGAGAAUAUGAGUGAUGAUGAUGGUUGGGAGUUUGUGAACCUUGGGGAUCAGCAAAGUUUUGGUAUUAAAACUGCAGGAUUGGAAGAGAAGUCUACUGCUUGUCAGAUGCUGGUUUGCUAUGCUAAAGAGUUGAAGGAAGGCUUUGUGGAAUAUACUGAACAGGUUGUCAAACUGAUGGUCCCUCUACUGAAAUUUUAUUUCCACGAUGGUGUUCGAGUGGCAGCAGCAGAAUCCAUGCCUCUUCUCCUGGAAUGUGCGAGAGUUCGUGGCCCUGAGUAUCUCACACAGAUGUGGCAUUUUAUGUGCGAUGCUCUAAUCAAGGCCAUUGGCACAGAACCAGAUUCAGAUGUCCUCUCAGAAAUAAUGCAUUCUUUUGCAAAGUGCAUUGAAGUCAUGGGAGAUGGAUGCCUUAAUAAUGAACAUUUUGAAGAAUUGGGAGGAAUAUUGAAAGCUAAACUCGAAGAGCAUUUUAAAAAUCAAGAACUGCGGCAAGUUAAAAGACAAGAUGAAGACUACGAUGAGCAGGUGGAAGAGUCACUGCAAGAUGAGGAUGAUAAUGAUGUUUAUAUUCUGACCAAAGUGUCAGACAUUUUACACUCAAUAUUCAGUAGCUACAAGGAAAAGGUGUUACCGUGGUUUGAACAGCUGCUUCCGUUAAUUGUCAACCUAAUUUGUCCACAUAGACCAUGGCCAGACAGACAAUGGGGAUUGUGCAUCUUUGAUGAUGUCAUAGAACACUGUAGUCCAGCCUCAUUUAAAUAUGCAGAAUAUUUCUUAAGGCCGAUGCUCCAGUAUGUGUGUGACAACAGCCCGGAAGUCAGGCAAGCAGCUGCAUAUGGCUUGGGAGUCAUGGCACAGUAUGGUGGAGAUAACUACCGUCCUUUUUGUACAGAAGCACUUCCACUGCUGGUAAGAGUUAUUCAGUCUGCUGAUUCUAAGACCAAAGAAAAUGUCAAUGCUACAGAGAACUGCAUCUCAGCAGUAGGGAAAAUUAUGAAGUUCAAGCCUGACUGUGUGAGUGUUGAAGAAGUGCUGCCACACUGGUUGUCCUGGCUCCCACUACAUGAAGAUAAAGAAGAAGCUGUUCAGACUUUUAAUUAUUUGUGUGAUUUGAUUGAAAGUAAUCACCCCAUCGUUCUUGGCCCAAACAAUACCAAUCUGCCCAAAAUAUUCAGUAUAAUUGCAGAAGGAGAAAUGCAUGAAGCAAUUAAACAUGAAGAUCCUUGUGCCAAACGUCUGGCUAAUGUAGUUCGUCAAGUACAGACUUCUGGAGGAUUGUGGACCGAGUGCAUAGCACAGCUCAGUCCCGAGCAGCAGGCAGCCAUACAGGAGCUCCUGAACUCUGCUUGAAGGGCCUUAAUAUCACCACCAGAAAACUAACUCCAAAUAAACGUUUACCCUUUUGUUUA